AUGACAGCAGCGUCAAGUCAGACGGUAUUAUCCAAUCAGAACAAGAAUCGGUGGCAUAGCGUAACCGUACUCGGCGGUGAUUGGUUGAAUCGCCUGUCAGGCAUGAUUCAGGGCGUCGCAUGUCGACGCAGCUGUCAGAUGCAGAAGCGGAGCUUCUAACACGAACGUAAAAUACAGAGGUUUAACAGCCUGCUAUACACGAACCUUCUGAAUUUCUGAGCAAGGAUGGUUUUGUGAGUAACAGAGAGCUAAUAUUCCUCAGCGUCACCUGACCACGCUGACCCCGUCCCAUCCUCACCCUCACCAUGGAGCUCGCCAGCAACUACGUGCUGAUCCACGGGAAGAACAUAUCCCACAAUACCCUGGCGGGCUCUACUGCUAUACCUCACAUGUCCAUCGACAAGCUUUUCCCAGCUCUCCUAGAGUGCUUUGGCAUCAUAUUAUGUGGCUACAUAGCUGGCAGAGCUGAUAUCAUCACAGAGAGCCAGGCAAAGGGGUUGGGGAACUUUGUGUCAAAGUUUGCUCUCCCAGCUCUGCUCUUUAAGAACAUGGUGCUGUUGGACUUUGGAGAUGUCAUCUGGGCAUUUCUUUGGAGCGUGCUGGUUGCCAAGGUGACAGUGUUUGUGCUUGUGUGUGUGCUGACUCUGAUGGUGGCCAGUCCAGACAGCAGAUACAGUAAAGCUGGCCUAUAUGCCAUAUUUGCGACACAGAGCAAUGACUUUGCAUUAGGAUACCCCAUAGUUGAUGCUUUGUACCGCAGUACAUACCCAGAGUACCUCCAGUAUAUCUAUCUAGUUGCCCCGGUGUCCCUCAUGCUCCUCAAUCCUAUCGGCUUUGCACUUUGUGAGGUGCAGAAGUGGAGGCAGGCCAGCCAUACACAUCACAGCACUGUUGGUAUUGUUGGAGUUGUAGUCCUACAGGUGAUGAAGAACCCUGUAGUAUUCAUGGUAAUGAUAGGAAUCAUAGCCCAUUUUGCCCUUGGCCAGCAAAUCCCUGCUGUGCUGUCCGAGUUCAUAGAUGGUCUGGCUAACUCUUUUGGAGGGGCAGCCUUGUUUUAUCUGGGCCUCACCAUGGUCGGCCAGCUUAGAAAACUAACCAGAGACACAGGAGUUGCCUUGAUUCUCCUCAUAACAGCCAAACUCCUUAUUAUGCCGCUGGUCUGUAAAGACAUGGUGGAUCUUCUGGAUGUGGGAGUGAACAGCUCGAGUGCCAAUCACACUAGUCUGUCUAACUUUGCUUUCCUGUAUGGAGUCUUCCCAACUGCUCCUAGUGUGGCCAUCUAUGCUGGACACUACAACAUGGAGCUAGAAGUGGUAACAUCUGGGAUGGUAAUCAGUACGUUUCUGUCUGCACCAAUCAUGUACGUGUCUGCCUGGUUAUUAACAAUCCCUUUGAUGGACCCAACCCCACUGGUGACAGAACUUGAAAAUGUCAGCUUCAACAUCAGCAUUGUCAGCCUUUUGGCACUGGUGUGGACCAUAGUAGUGAUGUUACUCAGUGGGAAAUUCAACAGACUUCCUCACCUCUUUGCCUUAAAUCUUUUCCUGGCACAGUUCUUAGUUUGUGUCAGUAUGAUCCUGUGGAACUUCUUGGUGAAACAAGAGGGUAAUUUGAUUAGCAAAAUUGUCACCUUCACACUGCUCUAUGGCUCUCUAUACAGCACCUACAUUUGGACAGGUUUGAUCCCUCUCUGCCUGGCACUAACUAACAGAGAUGAUCUACUGAGACUCCGUCCUGGAGUAUUCAUGGUUUUAGGUUGGGGGGUACCCUUCCUUAUGGUUGGAUGCCUUUUGAUAUUAGGGGAAAGGACUGAUGCCAUAGACUCUGCUUUUUUCUAUGGCAGAGCUCAGAUAAUCAGCACAGCAGUGGUGCUUGCUGUCAGCCUGGGGCUCGGUGCUGUUUCUUUGAUGGGCCUCAGCCAGGGAGACAGAGAGCAGAGAGGCUAUGAGGCCUUGAGUAGAGCGGCAGUAACAGGCAUGAAUGAUGAGCUGAGGCCCCCUGGUGGCCAGGAUGACUCACAACAACAACAACAGCAGCAUCAACAGCUGGUAGCAAAUUCCCCUGCCUGCAGCAUCAAUUCAGACCCCACUGGUUUCUCUCCUCUCCAGUCCUUACCGGACAUGAUAGCCAGCACGCAGAGGGAGCACACAAACAGCACAGGCCACAGUGGGGCACUGUUUGAUGGGCAGACUCAAGGCUCUACCUCAUCUGAGCAGCCUCUGGACCUGCCGCCACCCGGGCUUCAAACCACUGAUGAAAAACAGACUGUCAGGCACGUUCUACUCAGUCUGCUACUCAGUGUCAGCCUGCUGGCGAACCUGUCCAGCUGUCUGUGGUGGCUGUUCAACAAAGAUCCUGGAAGACUUUACCUUGAGCUCCAGUUCUUCUGUGCAGUGGCUAACUACGGACAGGGUUUCCUGUCAUUUGGGAUCUUUGGCCUGGACAGACAUCUCAUCAUCCUGCCAUUUAAAAAAAGGUUUCUGGGCCUGUGGCAGGGCAGGGAUGUUGAAGAUUUGAGUCCUUCAAGUGUACCAGAGGAGGUCAGACUGACAUGUACCCAGUUUGUCCGCUAUCACAAAGAUCAGUGUGUACAAGACAUUGUGCACACUCGCAGGUUUGGAGGAGGAAGAGGAAGACUGGAAAGGGAGGAGGCUUUGAGUCAUUCUCCUUCAAAUCAGCCCCAGCACCAUGACCUGUCUCAGGAUCCUCAGGAGCAUCUAAACCAGACUUUUCACGAAACUCAGCAUCUACCAGAAUCCUGCAGCCAGUAUUUGCUUCCUUCGAGAACUAAGCUUGAGCCUGAGAAUGAUGACCAAGCUCAUGACACAGCUAAUCCACCUCACCUACACCAGCAUGAUCCUGCUUCAGGCUCAUCCAGUCUCCAGCAUCAUCCCCUGUCCCAGUCAGAGUUUGUGUUUCGGGGCAGUGACUUGGUGGACUGGUUGGUAGAGCGGGAUCUGUGUGCUGGACGAGCCGAGGCCGCUCUGUAUUGUGUGCGACUUCAACAGGGAGGUGUGAUUAAUUAUCUGGGAGGUCAGGGAAGCUUCAGGGAUGAUCCCACUGUGCUGUACAGCUUCACACAGAGAGGAGAGAGAGGAGAAGAGGGGAGGGAUGGUCCUAUAAUAUGCUAGAAGAAGAGGGGGAGGGUAUAGAUCAGCAAACCAUGACAUGACUGAGAGUCGAAGCCAAAGCUGAAGUGCCUUAAUGUAUGGUGUAGUUUUUCCAGUGACCACUGGACAGGAGAAGGUGACAGACUCAACAUCUUUGUUAAAAGGGGUUUGUCCUCUUAGCCUGUUUGCUAUUUACACUAUUUGAUGUAUAUCGGGGCAAGUAUUGCAUGAUUGUUUCAGGUUGAUAUUAAAGCUCCUGUCAGGACUUUAUAGCUGGUUAAGAAACAGAUUGAAACUAGAAUGGCCAUCUGAGGCGGCAGACCCACGCCUAAGCAGCGCCACCGAGGAACGCUCCCAUUGAUCACUAUAGUGUUCAAAAUGUCGAAGUCUGAGAAAAACCGAACGGGUGCGCGGAUCAUCACCAAAAUCUAUUCGAUUCUUCCCUGUCACUAUCCCAAUAUUCCCUGAAAGUUUGGUGAAGAUCCGACUUUCCGUUCUCGAGUUAUCUUGUAAACAUACAAAGAAACAAAGAAAGAUACGGAACUCUUUACAUAACCCCCUGACAAUUUCAUCGGCGUGGGUAAUUAUUAUUGAAGUCCAAAACAACUGACUUUGGUUAGUAGUCAGAACAAUAACAGCACACUGCAGAAAAAUAACACUAUUUUGCAAAUUUACAGGUUCUGCUUUUUACGCAGAAAUCGCCAAAACCAGUAUAACUGAAAGUAGCUUACGGGAGCUUUAAGUGAAGGUUUGACUGAAAUGUGUCAUUGGAUAUUGGUGAUAGUUGCUGCUUGCUUGCCAAAGGAGUUGUAGAGACAUUUGAUAAAGGAUAAGAGGAGAAAAAAAGAGUAAACAAGCACCCCCCUCUUCUGACUCUGGACAAAAUCUUCACUUCUUUUUCCUCUUUAAUCAAGGAUUAAUUAACUACUCUGAACUGAGUUGGCAUUUAAACAUCUUUCUCUCUUCUGUAUAUCUGUGAGCCAGUGAACUUAAUGAGGAUGCACAUUUUCAAAGUCUGAAGGACAAACAUAAGCUUUGUUCUCAAGGACCAGUGAUCAUUCAUCAGCCUGUUGUCAUGAAAUAUAUAACAUUGCAUUUAGAUAAGCAAUGAGCUGCAGAGCUUCUCACUUAAAGCCAAUGGCAUUAUUGCCUGCUCGUUGUUUUAUGUUAUCUUGUUUUCUGUUGAAUCAUCUUGAAUCUGCUUGUUACUUCAGCAUUUGAUAUUUUGCACGCCGUAUUAUUUAAAUGCUGGUUUGCAUUUUUAAGUUGCAUGACUCCAAGCAGAACAGAUGUCUGCUCAGCACUAAAUAGUUUGCACUGACAGAAUAAUGCCAUUCAUUUUUUUUAUUAUGCAGCUCUGGAUCUCUGUCAUGUGACGAUGCUGCAGGAGCUAUGUGUUAUCUUUGCAUUGAGUUAAUAUUUUUCUACUGUAAACUUGAAUUCUUUGACUGGUACUGAUUUACGUAGGGAGAGUAACUUACUGGAUUUAUUUGGCCAGUAUCUGAAAUAAGCACUGAGGUCUUUACCAUUAAAACUGGCUAUAAUUAGGGAUGAACCAGUAGGUCUGCAUUGAUUUAUUUGGUCCUGAUUAUUAAUGCUUAACUUUUUGGGGGGACUGAUCUUAAAGACACUCCUUAAAUUCAGCGUAUUUGAACCACAAGAUUGCAUAUUUAUUGCCAAAAGAAAUUUAAAACCACUUAAGAGCCCUUUGCUUAAAGAACCACUCUGCUAAUGUAAAGUUGUUAGACGUAAAUAAGCUGGAUAACAUCAUGAUUACAGUCCUUAACUAUAACAUUAAAUAAGUGUGCACUGACUCUGGUGGGUCAUAACCACUACCACUAUGUUUACAGAUAGUGAAUCUCCCAUUGAGUGACUCCAGCACUCUGUACACUACAACUGUUGUUUGCCUAUUUAAUUGCUGCUGCUCUGUGUUAACGUUACUGUGAAGAUUAUUGUGUGGAAGCAAGGUUGUAGAAGAAGCAUGGACGCACAUUGACAACAGUUGCUGGCUUUAUUCUCAUUACAUGGCAAAAAAAAAGAAAGAAGUUCAUUAUGUGAGCCCUGAAGUAUUAAAUCCAAAUUCAGGACAUUUCUGGGUUCUCCUGGAUCCAUUUUUCUUUUUCUGCCACUAAUUGUAUACAGUAUGUGUAUAUGUCAUUGUCUUUCCACAUCUAACAUCACAUUUUGUUAAUAUGUAUCACAUCAAAUACUUUUUUAUCGAGUUGUUUUAUUGAGUAGUGUGCCUGCCUGUGCAAAUGUUAGGUGUGUUUUUUUGUGUGUGGGUGUGUGUGCAUGAACAAAAGUGUCUUUGCGUUUCUGUGUGACGUGUGUUUGUAACUAAGUGAAGGAAAGCACUAAGAGUGAACAAGCCACAGUUUCAGUGUUACUUUUUGUUGCUGUAAAUUAAUCAGGGUCAGUGACUGUGACCGUGGAAAAGGCACAAAUAAACUAUUUGCAUCCAAAAUGUGUGUCAUUCACUAAAGGAAAUCAAUAAAAGCAUUAGUAAACAGAAACACAAAUGUAUUACAAUAGUACAGAUUUCCACAGAAAACUCAGCAUUGUACAAAUCAUAAUGGAUUGAACUAUAAGACAUUUUAUAGAUUUGUAUCCUCUUUCAGACUAGAGAAGUUUCACCUUUUAUUUACAUUUGUUGAUCUUUGGUCAAAAAAUUAAAUACAAAAAAAUGUC